AUGGAUCAGGAGUCAUCAUCACAGCAUCCGAAAGGGCAUCAGAGGACGCGCUCAGCCGUAAAAGCCACGCGCCCACGCUCCUCUACCAAAGGCCCGCUUGACGUCGAUGAUACACGCGGAGCAACAACCUCACACGAUUCCCGGCGGACACGGACACCAGCCCAAGACUCCCGUCCCCGGCUCUCCACUUCUCCCCCGAUCCCCGGCGGCCCACUCCCCCGCCCCGCCCCACUCUCGCCGUCAACUGCCGCCCUUGUCCCUAUCUCCGGUUGGCGGUCCCAGUCCGCGCAUGUCCACCUCCCCCUGGCCCCCGGUGGUGACGCUCCCUACGGACGCGGGGCUCCGCGCCCUCCACCCGAUUUCUCCCACCUCCUCCGUCCUGACAUCUACCAUGAACUGACUCCCCUCAACGUUCCGCCUCCGUUCCGCCAGUCUGUGAAACAACCCUCGGCCUCCAUACCCAUCCCCAAUCUCCUUGCAGGUGGCCACUUCCGGGCCGCCGCUGUUGCUGCCGCCCAGGCACUCACUGGGGCCAAUGGUGCUCCUGCUCCGGACCCGGUUGACCAUGCCCUCAUCCUCUCCUUGUUUUAUGUCCGCUUAGCCUGCCUCACCCUUAUUGACGCUACCGUUCUUGCCACUCAGGAGGUCAAAGCUCUAGAGGAUCUCAAUGCUGCCUUCUACAUUGAUGCGACAGGCCACAACUUGAUUCCUUGGGAGCUGCGUGUCUUGGCGGUCCGGUUGCAAGCUAUGAGCUUCGCCGACCAGAGGCGUGCGGUAAUGAGCUACUACGACCUGGCCAGGGAGGCACGCCUGCGGUUGGCCGAGGCGGCAGCCAAGCACGACAACUCGGAGAAGCAGCUGUGGAGAGAAAGGCUAAACGAUCUGGGCGUCAGGGUCGCCGGCGUACUGGUUGAGAUGGAUGACCUGAAGGGGGCAGUGGAACACCUGGCUUCUUUGAAGGAAACUGAUAGCAGCAGCGGUAAAAUGCAGAUGGCGAGAGCCUUGUUGUGGCUACAUCUCGGAGACGUUGAUGCUGCGAGGAAGUGUGUGAAGCCCGCCGAGGGCAGCGAAGGCCCUUCGGAUGAUAUGACAGAGAGGAUCAUGAAUGCCUUGUGCGAUAUGGCCGACGGAAAGUACUCUGAAGCAUUGAGCCAGUGGGAAGAGUUGAGCAAGGUGUCGGAUGACGAGAUGGUCGGCGUUAACAGGGGAGUCUGUUUGCUUUACGUGGGAAGGUUGCAAGAGGGCAAAAAUCUGCUUGAGAGCUUGGUGGACUCCGGCCGAACCUCACAUACACUUCUCUUCAACUUGACGACCAUGUACGAGCUGUGCACGGAGAGGUCCCGGACUCUAAAGAUCCAGUUGACGGAGAAGGUGGCUGCACUGGAACCGACAGCCUUUGGGUGGGAAAAGACCAACGUUGACUUUAAGCUGUGA